ACAAACUUGGUCUUUGUUGGUUCGCUUGUGUUUGGCGUUGAAGCGAUAGUUUAAUUUGUAGAUUUCAUAUUCAUUACUAAAAUAAUGAAAUGGCGUAUGCUUUGAUUUAAGUGUAAACGUUAAUUCAACAUGUCUUGUAAUUAUGCUGAGGGUUUAUCACCCUAUGAACACAAAGGUGUCCUAGGAAUUCCUGAGAAAUUUGAUUCAAUCGAUACAUUCAACAAGAAAUGUGAUCUAUUGGCUCAACUCAUAGAUCAAAGUAAGCAUGUGGUUGUUCACACUGGCGCUGGGAUUAGCACUUCAGCUGGUAUACCGGACUUCAGAGGACCAAAUGGUGUAUGGACUCUAGAGAAAAAAGGCAAAAAGCCCUCUAUCAAUGUCUCUUUUGCCGAUGCAAAGCCUACAAAAACCCAUCUCAUACUAAAGAAACUUGUAGAGUGUGAUAAAGUACAUUACAUAGUGAGCCAAAACAUAGAUGGGUUGCAUUUGAAGUCAGGGCUGCCGCGGGAUUACCUCUCCGAGCUGCAUGGGAACAUGUUUGUUGAUGAAUGCAACUUAUGCAAAAGGCAAUUUGUCCGGAGUGCUCCAGUGGAGACAGUGGGCAAGAAGUGCAGUGGCGUGCCAUGUGCUGCGGCGCACGUAUGUGGAAGGCCCUGCCGCGGGCGACUAUAUGACGGUGUUUUGGACUGGGAGCACAGCUUGCCGGAGAAUGAUUUGCUCAUGGCAGAGUGGCACUCUAGUAUUGCAGACCUCAGUAUAUGCCUAGGAACUACUUUACAAAUAAUUCCAAGUGGAAACUUACCCUUAGAAACAGUUAAAUAUGGAGGGAAACUAGUCAUCUGCAACUUGCAACCCACAAAACAUGACAACAAAGCUGACCUUGUAAUAAAUUAUUAUGUCGACGAUGUUUUAGAGAAAGUUACGAAUAUACUUGGAAUAGACAUACCAACAUAUUCGGAGGAUGAGAAUCCGAUGAAAAAGGCAGAAUCUUCAGUAGUUGACUGGACUAUAGAUAGAUAUAGUGUUCUUACUUUAGAGAAAAUGUUCAAAGCGAAAUGUAAAGGGGUUAAAAAGAAACGGGUCCUUAUAAAGAAACGUAGUAAUAGUGAUAUGGGUAUCAGUGGAACAAACUGUGACGAUAAAGCCAAAAUAAUAAAAAUAGAAGUAAAAGAAGAAGCUGAUGACAAUAAGACAGAAAAUGGACAUGUGAACAUUGUAAACGAAAAUGGACAGCAAGUUAAAGUUAAAAAUGAACAAAAUGAUGUAGAAAUUGUAGGAAAUGGUCAAAAAACUAGAUUUGAAAAUGAACAAAAUGAUGUGGAUAUUGUAAAUGAAAAUGGACAGCAUGUCAAGAUUGAAAAUGAACAAAAUAAUGUAAUCAUGGAAAAUAUAAUUGGACAAAACAAUACUGUUGAAAAUAACAAAAAAUAUGUGGACAUUGUAAAUGAAAAUGUACAAAAUAUUGGUGUUGAUAAUGAGUAUAAUGAUGUGAAUAUUGCAAAUAAAAAUGGACAGCAAAUUACGGUUAUGAAUGAGCAAAAUGACGUGGACAUUUGUAAAUGAAAAUGGAUAACAACUUUUAACUAUUGAAAAUGAAUAUAAUGUUGCAGUUUUAA